CUCUGUAUGUCUCACCCCAAUACGUGCCCGUGUGCACAUUUACAUCGGAGCUUAAUGGCACGGUAGUAGCCGUUCUGUCCAGGACUCGUACGGAACAGGGCGCCCUGUUCUCAUAAGAGCUGUCCUCAGAUGCGUGGCGGCGUGGCAGGGACGGCACUGGAGAUGCUGGGCUGUGGUUCGUCCAGGGCUAGCUCCAGGGUGAGCAGGCUCCUGCUGGCACGCUUGACGAAAGCGGUCGCGCCGAUGUUGAAGACGGAGAGCAAGAGGCUUCGUUCCACGUCUUCGAUGCAGGGAUAUUCUGAACUAGCACGAGAGAGGUCCAAGACUGUCACGUCGUUUUACAACCAGUCUGCGAUCGACGCGUCUGCAGAGAAGGCCUCAGUGCGGCUGACUCCAGCUACCCUGCUAUAUGCUGGGAAGUCUCCAGAUGGACACCACAUUUUGAGCAGUGCUAAGUACUUGCACAAGGAGCUGCCUGUUCGCAUCGCCCAUCGCAUCAAGGGUUUCCGUAAUCUGCCUUUCAUCAUUGGUUGUAACCCCACCAUCCUGCAAGUGCAUGAACUCUACAUCAGAGCCUACCAUAUGCUCAGUGACUUUCCCCUGAUCAAGGACCAAGAAGUGGAGGCUCGCUUUAGUAAGCUGGUACAGCAGCUCCUGGAUGACCACAAAGACGUGGUCACGCUGCUUGCUGAAGGCUUCAGAGAGUGUCGCAAACACAUCCAGGAUGAAACCAUCAUCCGAAAUUUUCUGGACACCACUCUUUGCUCUCGUCUGGGAAUACGUAUGUUGGCCACACACCAUCUCGCCCUUCAUGGAGAAAAUCCCGAUUUUGUGGGGAUCAUCUGCAGGCGCCUCUCCCCAAAAAAGAGUAUUGAGAAGUGGGUUGACUUUGCAAGGCGUUUAUGUGAGCAUCAGUAUGGUAACUCGCCCAGAGUUAGGAUCAACGGCCACGUGGCAGCUCGUUUUCCUUUCAUCCCCCUGCCUCUGGAUUAUAUCCUGCCUGAGCUGCUCAAAAACGCAAUGAGGGCCACCAUGGAGAGCCACCUGGACACCCCAUACAAUGUGCCUGAUGUGGUAGUCACUAUUGCCAAUAACGACACUGACUUUGUUAUCAGGAUUUCAGACCGUGGUGGUGGUAUCCCUCACAAUAUAAUAAACAAGGUGAUGGACUAUCACUUCAGCACUGCUGAGGAAAGCGCCCAGGACCCCCGUAUGAGCAACCUCUUCAACAACAUCACCAACAGCGGUCCCCAGUCUGGCCCUAUGCAUGGGUUUGGCUUCGGUCUGCCUACGUCCAGGGCUUAUGCUGAAUACCUUGGUGGCUCUGUUUCCAUUCAGUCUAUGCAGGGCAUUGGCACUGACGUCUACUUGCGCCUGCGUCACAUCGAUGGCAAGGGAGAAAGCUUCCGUGUGUGAAGCACGCCUGCGGCUCAGCUUCAGAGACCCUGCAAAGGAACAAGACACUGAUUUGAUAAAGUUUCCCACCAGGAAACAAUGACCUUUCCAUAGCUAGUAUGGACUUCAAUAGUUCUCUGCCCACAAAAUGA